CAGGGUCCCGGCACCUCCAGGCUUCCGCGCGCUGCGCGCCGGGUCCCGCCGGCCGGUAUCCGCGCAGCGAGCACGCACGCCCGGCGCAGGUCCGCGGGAGCCGUGGGAAGGUGACCGGGACGGCCUGACGAGCAGAGUCCCUUCCGACCCAGGCCCUGAGUUGCCAUGAUCGAAGUGGUGGCAGAGCUGAGCCGGGGGCCCGUGUUUCUGGCCGGGGAGGCGCUGGAGUGUGUGGUGACCGUCACUAAUCCCCUGGCCCCCACAGCCACUUCUGCAUCCAGUGAAGCUUUGGCCUGGGCCAGUGCACAGAUCCACUGCCAGUUCCAUGCCAGUGAGAGCCGGGUGGCAUUGCCGCCCCCUGACUCCAAUCAGCCUGAGGUGCAGCCCGAGAGCCAGACUGUCUUUCUGCCACAUCGAGGUGAGAGGGGCCAGUGUAUCCUCUCCACUCCUCCAAAGAUUCUCUUCUGUGACCUGCGGCUGGAACCUGGAGAGUCCAGAUCAUACUCCUACAGUGAGGUGCUGCCUCUCGAGGGACCUCCCUCCUUCCGGGGCCAGUCUGUCAAGUAUGUCUACAAGUUGACCAUUGGCUGCCAACGCGUCAAUUCCCCCAUCACCUUACUUAGGGUCCCUCUGAGAGUCCUCGUGCUGACGGGCCUUCAAGAUGUCCGGUUUCCCCAGGAUGAGUCUGUGGCCCCAUCCAGUCCGUUCUUGGAGGAGGAAGAAAGUGGCAAGAAGGACUCUUGGCUCACAGAACUGGCGGGGGAGCGUCUCAUGGCCACCACAUCCUGCCGCAGCCUCCAUCUGUACAAUAUCAGCGAUGGCCGAGGGAAAGUUGGAACAUUCGGCAUCUUCAAAUCUGUGUACAGACUUGGCGAAGAUGUGAUAGGGACCUUAAACCUGGGGGAAGGAACUGUUGCUUGCUUGCAGUUCUCGGUAAGCUUGCAGACUGAAGAGCGGGUGCAGCCCGAGUAUCAGCGGCGCCGAGGGGCAGGCGGCGCCCCCUCUGUGUCCCAUGUGACUCACGCCCGGCACCAGGAGUCCUGCCUACAUACCACCAGGACCAGCUUCUCCCUCCCCAUUCCACUGAGCUCCACCCCAGGCUUCUGCACAGCCAUUGUUUCCCUGAAGUGGCGGCUACACUUUGAGUUUGUGACAUCCAGAGAACCCGGUCUGGUACUCCUGCCUCCCAUGGAACAGCCCGAGCCUGUCACCUGGACGGGGCCCGAGCAAGUGCCCGUCGACACGUUCAGCUGGGACCUCCCCAUCAAGGUGCUGCCAACAAGCCCCACGCUGGCCUCCUACGCCGCCCCGGGCCCCAGCACCAGCACCAUCACCAUCUAAAACUGCCACUGCUUUGCGUGCCGGGCCCGGCAACCAAGGCCCGUCCCCACCGGGCCCAGGACCAUGGACAAUGAGAGGCCAACCUUAAGCGGGAGCAUUCACUUAUUUAUUCAGAAUAAAGUGGUAGCUGCUAGUGGUU